AUGAAGUUAUCCGCCAAUAGCGGUCCGAGGGGGGAUCCCAUGGCCACGCCGUCCUUCUGCCGAUGGUAUUUCCCGUUGAAUAGAAACCGCACAUUCCAGGUGCAGCGUGACAGUAGGCCGUUGAGAUCAUACGUAGGUAUGCACACUUUUAUUCCUGACUCGGCU